CCUAAUUUUGUUUCUUCAGUAGUACUGUAGCUUCAGAUGCAACUCCUCGAAAACCCGUAGAACCGGCAUUGAGCCAAUCGUUUACAUUCUCUGAUUCAUAUCCUUAGCGUUUUCAGAAACAAAAUGGUGGGUUGGAAGAGGAAUUUGCAGACUGUUAUUCGUCAAGUUGGUAGAAGAGUGAAGAACAGUCACAUUUCUACAGCAAAUUACUCUUCUUCUACUCGGAAUUUAGAAUCCCCUUUCUCACAAGGUUACUUGCAGAGUCUCCUGAGACCAUCCUACUCCUCCAGACCACUGUAUCAUCAUCUACAACAACUGGGGAUCUCUACCUCGAGACAAUUGCAGGCGAGUGAAGAGCCUGUAUCAUCACCUUUGUCAUCUCCAGCUCUGUUGGGUAGUGGAAAAGAAGAAGAGCAGAAGAUUAUCCCAAAGCGUCAGAAAGUUCAGGCUGUCCUCAAGUCUAUAAAGCAGAGUCCUAAGAAGGUCAACCUGGUUGCAGCACUAGUCCGUGGCAUGCGUGUUGAAGAUGCUUUGAUCCAAUUGCAGGUCACAGUCAAACGAGCUGCACAAACUGUGUACCGGGUUAUCCACGCUGCCCGGGCAAAUGCUACUCAUAACCAUGGACUAGAUCCUGACCGUCUCCUUGUUGCGGAAGCAUUUGUUGGGAAGGGACUGUUUGGGAAGAAGGUAGCUUACCAUGCAAAAGGAAGAAGCGGGAUUAUAUCAAUACCCCGGUGUCGCCUAACAGUCAUAGUUAGAGAGACGACUCCAGAGGAAGAAGCUGAGAUUGCAAGGCUCAAAGUUCACAAUUUUAAGAAGAAAAGCAAACGGGAGAGACAGCUUGUACCACACAAGCUCAUCGAGACAAGUCCAAUAUGGAACCGCAGAGGUACCAAAGCCAAUCAUCGGUCCUCAGAGUUGGUACGGUCGUCUCACUAGUAUCUUUGUUCCCGCAAUUGCAACAAGAGCUUCUCUGUUAUGGUAAAUUGCUUUUUUUUUUGGUUUUGGUUUGAUAUUGUAUUGGAACUCUAUAGGACCUGUUUGCUUCUUGUAUUCAAUAAACAUGUUCCCAGAGAGGAAACUUCACUUAACAAAAGCGUCUCUGUUUUUCUCCAUUCUGUUUCUGGAGGUGUUAACAAUCAUUUUGGAUGUAACUUGUGUUGGAAACAUGGAAAAAAAUCGUCUGGAUAAUUUGACGAAUCAAAACAACAUUUAUCAUCAUAAUCCCGAAGGUCCAUAAUUUUUAUCAG